AUGAUUUCCUCGAUAUCCAAAGUUAUUUUGCCAUUUGUGCUUCUGGCACCAGCUACACAUGCAGCAAGUCUAGCUGCAACUCCAUUAGUAUGCUCAAACCCAGCAUUGAGUUGUAGUGGUUCAUCCACCAAUACCUGCUGCUUCAAUACUCCUGGUGGUCAAAUGGUUCAAACCCAAUUUUGGGAUUCGGAUCCUAGCACAGGUCCUUCCGAUUCUUGGACAAUCCACGGUUUAUGGCCCGAUCACUGCGAUGGUACAUAUGAUUCAAACUGCGAUAGCAGCCGUGCUUACUCAAGCAUAACCAACAUUCUUUCUGCUGCUGGUCAAACAUCUUUGCUCUCUAGCUACACCACUGGUGCAGAAGUCGUAGAUUUUUUCAACGUUGCUGUUGAUCUUUUCAAGAUCCUUCCUACAUACACAUGGUUAGCCAAUGCAGGCAUCGUGCCAUCCAACACCAAGACCUACACUUCUGCACAAAUCCAAGCAGCCCUCACCGCCGGUUUUGGUUACCCCGCCACUAUCCAAUGUAGCUCCUCUUCUCUCAACGCCGUCUGGUACUCCUUCGAAGUACGCGGUUCCGUCGCCACCGGAACUUUCGUUCCUAUCGCUCCCGUCGGUCAAUCUGGAUCAUGUCCAUCAAGUGGUAUUAAAUACGGUGUCAAAUCUGGUUCUUCGUCAGGUGGUGGCGGUGGCAGUGGAACACCAACUACCACCGCUACUGCCCCUGUUGGAACCGGAUCAUUUUCUGGAUCUGGAUAUUUGCAGGCGUAUGCUGGAGGUUCCAACAAUGGAUGUUUGAUCAGUGCAGGUACUUGGUACACUACAGGAACUUGUGCCACAUACACUGCGACUCCUUCUGGUUCCGGCUUCACCCUCAAAUCCUCCAAAGGUGCAUGCGGUAUCUCUGGCAGUACAUUUAGCUGCGGUUCCGGCGUCAGCUCUACCGUAUUCGGAUCCUCCGGCGGCUACCUAACCUACGGUGGUUCCUCCACCUUCUACGCUACCUCCACUCCAUCUGGAUCUACUCAAGCAACAGUCUACACAAGUAGCCAAAGUGUUUCUGUCCAGUUUGCUUGGCAAUCCAAAUAA